AUGGAGAAUCUAAGAAGAAUCAUUGAAAUGUUUGAUUAUGAUCAGUGGGCCCAAUUUCCACCAAGUCAACAAAAAGGAGGAGAGAGCUGUAGCCAGGGAGAGAGAAAGCUACAAAGGCUGUCAGAUGUUGAAGAGGUCCAUGUAGAAGGCAAUGAUUUACAUGAAAGAAAGGGUCCAAAAGCUAUGGCACUAGUUUUGAGACAAAAAAAGGGAUCAUCAAGCAAUGCAAAGUCAGACUGCAUAGUCUUUAUGGAAGGUCAGACUGCACAGUCUUUGCUACCUCAAGGUGAAACCAAGCAAGUAGCUUGCAUUUCAGAUCAAACAGAAUUUGGGGAUUAUCAUACAACCAUUGACAAACUCCGGGAAUCAAGAACUGCUGUAUCAUCGGCUGAUAUUGCUAAUGAUUUCACGCUUGGGGUACCUGGAGAAGCCUUUGCCUUCACUCAGUGCGACAACAAAGUGACUGUUGCAGAAGCUUCUGGUUUGACUGGUGAUAUAUCUCAGCUGGAGCAGUUCAUUAUGGAACAUGUGAAGUUUUAA